ACUGACCCACUGGUCAUACUGAUACGUUAGGACGGAAAUUCAAAAAAUGAUUUAUUCCAAUUAUUUCUGAAUUUAAAAUUUCCAUCAAAGAAUUUUGAUUGUCAUAAUUCAUAAUUCCUUAGUCAUCCUCAUUAAUAACUCAUAACUUCUAUUUUCAAUUGAUUAUAAUAUUAACGUUUAUAUGUUUGUGAUUGUACAUUGUUCACAUUUUUUUUUUAUAUGGAACACAUAAUGAUUGCAUUUAUAAGUUUUGGAAUUAUUGUUUUGUCGUUUGUUUUAGCUACAAUUUUUAAACAUAAAUUCAUAGCCAAGAAAAAAUGUCUGCUUGGCCGUCAUGUUAUAGUAACACAAAAUUGUUACAACGUAUUUUCUUCUGGUGCAUUAUAUUUUUUAUUUUUUCAGGUUACGGGCGGUUCAAGUGGUAUUGGUAAAUGCAUUGCAUUGGAAGCUGCUAAGAUAGGAGCAAAUGUGACUAUUGUUGCAAGAAAUAAAAAUAGACUUUGUUCAGCUUUGGAUGAGAUUAAAGAACAAUGUUCAGGAAAUAAUCAAAGAUUCAACUAUUUGUCUGUUGAUUUAGCCGGUGAUUACAGUAUAGUGGAAAAAACAUUUAAUAAUGCUAUUGAAGAUAUGGGACCUUUAUAUAUGUUCAUAAACUGUGCUGGUAUGGCUAUUUGUGGAACAUUAGAAGAAAGUUCCACUAAUGACAUAAUGCAAAUGAUCAAUACUAAUUUGAUAUCUACGAUUCAAGCUACUAAAGCAAUAGUGAAUAAAAUGAAACAAAAUGGUUAUGGAAGUAUUGUUAUAACUUCAUCACUAGCAUCUUUCUGUGGUAUUUACGGUUUAAGUGUAUACUGUGCCACAAAAUUUGCAUUAAGAGGGUUUGCUGAAGCUUUGAGCAUGGAAACAAAGAACUUUGGAGUAAAAGUGACAUUAGCCUUGCCUCCUGAUACAGAUACUCCGGGAUAUACUAACGAGUCAAAAAACAAACCACUGGAAACAUUAUUGAUUUCAGAGACAGCCAAAUUGUUUACACCAGAAGAAGUAGGAAAUAAAAUUCUUCAAGACGCUUUAGAUGGACAUUUCUUUAGCACUGUAGGGCUUGAAGGUCACAUGAUGACUUUUGCCUGUGCUGGAAUGGCUCCAAACACUUCUUAUUUAGAAUUAAUAUGUCAGGUUUUUGGCGCUGGAAUUUUAAGAUUAAUAACUGUUUACUAUCAAAGUAUAUUUGAUAAAAUAAUUAAAAAAUGUAAAUCAGAUAGAGAAAAUAUAAAAAAUAAUAAAACAUUGUAAUAUAUAUAUAUUAUA